CAUCAGGGAGGCGAUAAAAGGCAGUGGCGGCGCCGGAUCCCGCACAGCUGCACCGCCGGGCUGCGAGCGGCUGCGAUCGAGAGAGACCAACAGCAAGAGAGCUAGAGAGCGAGCCGCGGGCGCUCGCCCGGCGCCUCCCCUCGGUUCAGCCCCCGCGUCCCGCUCGCUUCUCCACCCCUCCCAGGCCGUCCCGGCCCCGGCGCGGCCACAUCCCUGAGCUCUGGGGCGGCGCAGGCAGCCUCGGGACUCUCCGGCGCGCCGCCGCGUCCCCAGACAAAGGCUUGGCCGGCGGCCCCGGCCCGCUGAGCCCUCGGCUCCCCGCCUCCCGGGCUCGCCGCUCUUCGCCCCCGCUCCCGGCUCGGCGCGUCCCGGCCGGUCGCAAAGUUUCCCGGGCGGCAGCGGCGACUGCGCCUCGCGUGAGCGAUGGCCGCGGAGCUGAGCAUGGGGCCCGAGCUGCCCACCAGCCCGCUGGCCAUGGAGUACGUCAACGACUUCGACCUGCUCAAGUUCGACGUAAAGAAGGAGCCGCUGGGGCGCGCGGAGCGCCCGGGCCGGCCCUGCACGCGCCUGCAGCCAGCUGGCUCGGUGUCGUCUACACCUCUCAGCACGCCGUGCAGCUCGGUGCCCUCGUCGCCCAGCUUCAGCCCCACCGAACAGAAGACCCACCUCGAGGACCUGUACUGGAUGGCGAGCAACUACCAGCAGAUGAACCCCGAGGCGCUCAACCUGACGCCCGAAGACGCGGUGGAGGCGCUCAUCGGCUCGCACCCAGUGCCACAGCCGUUGCAGAGCUUCGACGGCUUCCGAGGCGCGCACCACCACCAUCACCACCACCACCCACACCCGCACCACGCUUACCCGGGCGCCGGUGUGGCCCACGACGAGCUGGGCCCGCACGCGCAUCCACACCAUCACCAUCAUCACCAAGCAUCGCCACCGCCGUCCAGCGCGGCCAGCCCCGCGCAGCAGCUGCCCACCAGCCAUCCCGGGCCUGGGCCGCACGCGGCGGCCACCGCGACGGCGGCUGGCGGUAGCGGCAGCGUGGAGGACCGCUUCUCUGACGACCAGCUCGUGUCCAUGUCCGUGCGCGAGCUGAACCGCCACCUGCGGGGCUUCACCAAGGACGAGGUGAUCCGCCUGAAGCAGAAGCGGCGGACCCUGAAGAACCGGGGCUACGCCCAGUCGUGCAGGUAUAAACGCGUCCAGCAGAAGCACCACCUGGAGAAUGAGAAGACACAGCUCAUUCAGCAGGUGGAGCAGCUUAAGCAGGAGGUGUCCCGGCUGGCCCGCGAAAGAGACGCCUACAAGGUCAAGUGUGAGAAACUCGCCAACUCCGGCUUCAGGGAGGCGGGCUCCACCAGCGACAGCCCCUCCUCUCCCGAGUUCUUUCUGUGAGUCGUGGCCGGUCCCGGCCCCCGCCCUUGCCCUGGCCCGGACUCCCCGUCCCGUGUCCCCAGCCCUGGACUCCCCCGGACCCUGUCCCUGCCACAGCCCCAGCCUUGACCUGUUUGACUUGAGGGAGAGGGAGGAAGGGCGCGCGGGACGCAGGCGACGGGAGGGCGCGCGGGCAGGCAGGGGACCUUGGCCAAGGCGAGAGCGGCGCGUGCCAGCGCCGCCUCCUAGACUCGAGCAGAGCCAGAGAGAGGCGAGGUGGUGGGAAGUCCCAGAGCAACUUUUCUCCAGGCUGGAGGGCGGCAAGGCAUAGUCGCGAGGAGUCGCCAAGGCCGUCUGGAGACUCCUGGCUUCCUGAACUUUGCGCGUUAAGGCUAGCCCAAUGCCUCGCGGUCCGGAGCCCGGUCCAGCCCAGCAAGAGAGCAGCGAAGAGAGGAGAGGAGAAGGGACCCUGGCGUCCCUGCAGACGCGAGGCGAGGCUGAGCGAAAGAAGGACAGAGGAGUCUGUCUGUCUAGGGUCCGGAGAACACUGGCUCUCAGCCUCUAGACGCGGGCCUCAGUUAGGACGUUCUGCGCGCAAAUCUCAUCAGUUUUAUUGCCUGCUCGAUUAUAUAGAAAAAAAUACGAAAAUCUGCAUUAAAAAUAUUAAUCCUGCAUGCUGGACAUGUAUGGUAAUAAUUUCUAUUUUGUACCAUUUUCUUGUUUAACUUUAGCAUGUUGUUGAUCAUGGAUCAUAACCCCCUUGUUUCUUUGAGUGAGAAGGGAUCGCAGUUCGGAAACUCCGGCGGCUGCUUGCCGGGUUUCAGUCUCUCGGCUGUCGGCUUGUAAAUACCCGCCCCGCCAAACCGCUUAGAGAACGUGGCAGCAAGCUGUCUUUGUUUGGGUUUAUUAUUAUGCUCCCCUUUUUUUGUAAGUAAAAAAGAAAACUUCUGGGUAUUUGCAUCAGAAAAAACAACUUCGUCUUGGGGCACCCUUGGAAGUUGUGUUUUCUCCCCUUUCAGUGCCCCCUUUCAGUGCUCUUUUUCUCCCGUUUUAGUUUUCAAUUUUGUGUUGAGAGAAGGAGGACAGAGGUCCCAGCUCCCGAGUACCAGGGUCUCGCAGCUGCAGAGUUUCAAACCCUGAAGGUCCGGGAGGGAGCAUCCUUGUGUCACCUGGUCUUAGGGCUAAAUUGACAUCCCCAUGAAGAAAGGAAAGGAAAACAGAUCUUGUUUACUUUUUAUUGCAACCGGAACACCCUACGGUCCCUAUGAAACCCUCCAGGCCUCCACUAAUUACUGGGGCUGAAAUAUUCUUAGGGUGAGUGUCUUCACCAGCCCAGACUGCCCAGCGGUGACCUGAACUUGUGUUGAACCAACCGCUGCAGUCAGAAAGAUGGAGAAACCCAAACUUUGGCAAGUAAUUUUGCAACUUUCAAGUGCGUUCUUUAGACCAAUAUGUUAUGUGCGUUUCUUUCCCUGCUUUUGAGAUAGCGGGCGAGUUAUUGGUGGUGUCCCCCCCCCCUUCAGUUGUAUAGUAGUUAUAGGGAAGAUCUGGGUGUUUUUCUUUAUUAUUACUUUUUUUUUUCCUGCAGGUCAGUAAAAGGAUUUAAGUUGCACUGACAAAAAUACCAAAAUGAAAGCGUAUUUUUUAGUUCUCAUUUGAAAUUUGCUGGCGCUGCUGGCCGGAUGCAUUUUUGAGUUUGUAUUAGUUGAUAAAUUAACAGUAAUAACAAGAUUGUAUGAUCCGCAUGGUGCUUGCAGUUUUAAAUAUUGUGGAUAUUCGUCCUGCAUCAGAAACGAGCUUUGGUUUUUACGGAUUCAACUGUGUUGAAAUCAAAUUUGCCGCAACAGAAAUUGUUUUUAUUUCCUGUAAAAUAAGGGAUCAAUUUCAAACCCUGCUUAUGAUAUGAAAACAUUAAAACCUAGUCUAUUGUAGUUUUAUUCAGACUGGUUUCUGUUUUUUGGUUAUUAAAAUGGUUUCCUAUUUUGCUUAUUAAAACCAUGGAAAUGGUGUUUAUUUAGA